CUGUCAAAUUUCGUUUGUUGAUGUUUUUGUUUACUUUAACUUUUGUUUAUGCAUAAAAAUCUAGCAAUUUACCUUUUAAAAUGGAUGAUACCUUCAUGACCAUCAUGAGAUUGAAUACUCUGGCAACCUUAGCUGAAUUGGCUGAGGUAGCUACUUCGGAAACCGAAGAAAAUGUAAAUUAUCCGAAGAUUACUACUGCAACUGCAGUUAAGAAAGUAAAGUCUCCGAAGAUUGAUUAUACUGCUACUGAAACUAACAAAGUAAAGUCUCCUAAGAUAAAGCAUCCUAUAAAUAACAAAGCAAAGAGUCCGGAGAGUAGAAUAAAGAGGAAGACGGUGCAUCGAACCAGGGUGGACCCUUUUGAGACGCUUGACGACAAAGAGUUCAAAGACCGGUACAAAUUUGACAAGAAGACUGUCCGGUGGAUCGUGGAUCUUGUGAGAGACGACAUCACUCGCUGCGUCCGCGGGGGCGGCGUGUCUCCGGAACUGCAAGUUCUGGUUGCCUUGCGGUGCUGGGCCGGCAGUCGGAUUCAAAAUGAUGCAGCAGCAAUCCAUGGUCUAAGCCAGCCUUUUGUUUCGAUGGUGUGUGCAAGAGUUGCUGAUGCGCUAGCUCGUCUACAGUCACAAUUCAUCCACAUGCCCCACACUACAGAUGAACAGGAGAAGGUUGUUAGGCAGUUUGAAAGUAUUAGUGGAUUUCCAAACAUUAUUGGGGCGAUUGAUAGCACCCAUAUCAAAAUUAGAAAGGCUAAAGAAGACGCAGCUCCAUUUUAUGUUCAAGUUAUAUCUGAUGCGAAAUUAAGGAUUUGUGAUAUAGAAACUUGUUGGGGAGACACUAACAAUGCCAGAAACUUUAACCAAACAAAAAUAAGAAAAUACUUUGAAGAUAAUGAGUAUAAAUAUAAAUUACUGGGUGAUCACAGCAAUGAUAUCACUCCAUACCUAUGCACUCCCAUACUGAACCCUCAGACACUUCAAGAAGACGAAUACAAUGAUUCCCAUUCUGCAACACAUGGCUCUGUUAAAAAUUGCUUUGAGGUUUGGAAACAGCGUUUCCGGUAUUUACAGAGUGGCCUGACGGUUGCUCCCAAAAAUUGUGGAAAUAUGAUAAUUGCUCUGGCUGUUCUACACAAUAUUGCCUUAGACAUGGCAGAUGACACUGAAGACUGCCCAUUUCAUCAUGAUAACGAUAAUCAAGGGAGGGAUGGCCAAAAUUUAUCUUUUAAUCACACAGAAAAUGGCUGAAAUAAAUUAAGAUCACUUACCAACA